ACAUUUUUAAUUUAACGAGUCAAAAUGUCAUUUAAUUCAAACUUUUCCAUCCGCUCCAUCCUUGGUGAAGAAGCUGAAGCAGCAAAUGGGGAUGCAGAUAGGCCCAAAUAUUCAUAUGGUGCAUUAAUCAUGAUGGCUAUAAAAGCGAGUCCCAGUGGACGAUUGACACUGGCGGAAAUCUAUCAGUACAUAAAAAACCACUUCGCAUAUUAUAGGACAUGCAGAACAGAUUGGCAAAAUGCUAUUCGUAACAACUUGAGUCUGAGUGAACAUUUCGUGAGACUUCCCCGUGAAUGCGAUGAUCCUGGACGUGGAGGUUAUUGGACUCUGUCUCCACAGUAUCAACAAUUGUUCGUUGGAGAUGACACAGGAAGACUGCGCCAACCUCCAGGUCCUCCAUCACCUCCGAUCAACUGCAAUUACGUACCCAUGCCAGGGAUUCAAGGUCCUGCAUAUCAAUAUAGAUAUUAUGGUGUUCCUGCAUGUAAGUGCUAUGAAAUGGUGGUACCCGCUCUGCAAUUGCAUCAAAUGCUUUUCAAUAUGCAGCAACUCUAGCGGAUGCAAAUGACAUGUCAAUCUAAGUUAGUACAUAAAAUAUGAUUUAGUUAAAAAUAGACAUAAUUAUAGUAAAACUGUGAAUAAGUUAAG